AUGAGAAUUUAUCAGUGUCACUUUUGUUCGUCACCAGUUUAUCCUGGUCACGGUAUUAUGUUUGUUAGGAAUGAUGCUAAAGAGUUUAGGUUCUGUCGUUCCAAAUGUCACAAGAACUUCAAGCAACGUCGUAACCCACGUAAGUUGAGAUGGACCAAGGCCUUCAGGAAGGCUGCUGGUAAGGAACUAGCAGUUGAUUCAACUUUGACCUUUGCCCAAAGAAGAAAUGUUCCUGUCAGAUACAACAGGGAAUUGGUGGCUACUACAUUAAAGGCUAUGUCUAGAAUAGAAGAGAUCAGAUUGAAACGUGAAAGAGCUUUCUAUAAGAACAGAAUGAAGGGCAAUAAGGAAAGAGACUUCUUGAGAGACAAGAAGUUGGUGGAAUCAAACCCUGAACUGUUGAGAAUGAGAGAAGUAGAGAUCGCAAAUAGACUAGCCAAAGAACAAGAAGAAGAAGAAGAUCUAGAGGAAGAGGAAGAAGAUAUGGAAAUCGAUUCUGAGGAAGAAGAAGAAGAACAAUUGGAGAAACAAAAGAUUUUGUUAAAGAACAAAAAGAGAAACUCCAAGAAGAUUGCAUUUUGA